CGUGUCCCAGUUCUGCAGUAUUUYUGCUGUAACAGUUUCUCGCUUUUCUUCUGGAUGAGUAUGGACUAAGAGACAGGAAGUGUUUUGAAAGCAAGCAUGUGCUGCUGUGUGACUUGAACUAGGCUGGCUGCAAGACCUUAAAAAACGUGAUCUCUUGCUUUGUUGACCCUUUGAUGAAGGCCUCCCUUCAUAACCCUGUUAUUUCCUGCUGGAGACUCCUGCAGAACGGAAGCAAGCAAAGAUGAUCUCCUUCAAGCAGCUGCCCUUUGAAGCGAAGGCUGCAGUGGCUGCAGGAGUGAUUUUCUUCUCCAUGAUGCUAUCACGGAGCCAGCUAGCAGAACAACUGGAGCUCAAGACACGGCGUCGGCUUGUGAGGUUGCAGAUGUCGCUGUUUAUGAACACACUCAUGUUGAUAGGAUCACGUCAUAUAUGGAGAAGCACAGUCACCGUGUUCUCCAGGUCUUCAGCUGCUAGCUCCUUAUGUUUCCUGGCAUGGAAAAYAGCUGUGUUGAUUUUUCUUGCUUUGGCACAUUCAAGCUUCCUUACGCUGCUGUUUCUUGUUUCAGAAGAGCCGUAUUUCUUUUCUUUAGCUGCCUACACCUGCCUAGGGGCUUAUAUCCUUCUUAUCUUCUUUCUCUUCACUCUCGGCUCUGUAGAGCAGGCUUUUAAGUUCUUGGCUGGGAGAGGCGCUAAGGCAGGCAGUAAGAACAGCAGAACAGCGAUGAAGCCGGUUUUGUCASUCAUGCUGACUGUUGUGCUGACUGUUGUUGGGCUGUUAAACGCUUCCCAGCCUCCAGCUGUGAAUACAGUGGAGAUUCCAGUUCACAAGCUGCCAUCAACAAUGAAUAACCUGAAGGUGGUCUUGCUCUCGGAUAUCCACCUGGGGCCUACAGUUGGGAAGACCAAGCUUGCCAUGAUUGUGAGAAUGGUUAAGGCCUUGAAACCAGAUAUCACRGUGAUUGUGGGGGACCUGACGGACUCCGAGGCACGAAUCAUGCGACCUGCUGUUGAGCCUCUUGGAGAACUUAAUUCUCCUUUAGGGACCUACUUUGUCACAGGAAACCACGAGUAUUACACAUCAGAUGUCAGCAACUGGUUCGAACUGUUGAAAUCAUUUAACAUUCGGCCACUGCACAACGAGAACRUGAAGAUUGUUUCACCCCAGAGCACCGACGACUGGUUCUGCCUGGCUGGCGUUGAUGAUAUUGAGGCGAACGCGCUGCGCUACGCGGGCCAUGGCAUGGAUUUAAAGAAGGCUCUCGGUGACUGCCCCAGUGAGCGUGCCAUAGUGCUGUUAGCUCAUCAGCCCGCUGCUGCCAAGCGGGCCCUUCAGGAGAGACCAGACGUGAGUCUAGUCCUCUCUGGYCACACUCAUGGAGGGCAGAUGUUCCCGCUGAAUGCUGGGGCCUAUUUUCUGAACCCCUUCUUCGUUGGCUUGUACAAAGUCGGGCAGAACACCUUUGUCUAUGUCAGCCCAGGGACGAUGUACUUUGGAAUACCCAUGAGRUUGGGCAGCAGAGCUGAAAUAACAGAAAUAAUUCUGCGUUCUCCUUGAGGAGUGGACAGACUUCUGCCAUCUUUAUUGGUCAGUAUUUUGGCUCUUUUGCUCUGGAAGCAAAUCCUUUUCCAGGGAAGUCAGGGAAAAUGUGUUAGGGUGGAUGCAUCCAGCAAUUUCUGUUAAGUUUGAGGAGAAAACACUAAUUGUAUUAGGUUGUUCAACAAAUCAGGGGCAUGUUGGAAUGCUGAAGAAAUUAAUUCUUUGAGUUCAUUACUUUUUUGAGGUUCUGCAUUUAAGGGUAACACCAGUGUCACGGAAACAAUGUCGGUGCUGUGCAUGUUUGGCAAUAUCUGUGUCCCAUGGCUAGUUCACGUUCUGCUGUUUACCUUACUAUAUGGUAGGCAGCUGCCUUGUUUUAAGUAUAAGACAGGUGAAGCUCUUGCAUUGAAACUGCACUGUUGCAGAGGCUGUUACAGAGUGUCUGUCGAGUAUCUAAGCUCUAGAAGCCUUGUGCUAAAAGAGUUAGUGGAAAAAACAUGCACUGUUGACUGAGGCAGGCAUCUUUAGAUCAUCUCUUCCACUGUCUCUCUGUAGCAUGCAGUGAGGCUCCCAGUCUGAGGGGCUUUGACAAGAAAAUCAGGUACCAGGUAGCAGUGUUGCACAGUUUUKGGGUUUGGGUUUUUUUUCCAGUCAAAAACYUGUGCAGACAGGUUUUAAAGGGUGGAAGUAGCUGUCUUUCUGCAGGCCUUGGGUACCUAUUAAUUACCCUCUGAAAUUUGUGCCAAUAAAAGCAUGUGAAAUCAAACCCUUAAUUAACCCUUAAUUCCACUGCUGCCUGARCAUUCAGUAGCAGAGCUCUUUGUUUGCAAUGGUGAAAUA